UGAAAAGUCAUCAUCUUCUUCCAUCUUCCUUCACUUCCAUUCCACCCUUCAACACCAAUCACCAAUUGACUAUUGCGUAUUAACAACAAGCAUGGCGAUUUCUCCUCAAUCGUUCUCACCUAGAAAACGACGACCCUCGGCGGGGUCGUUUAUCUCUCCGAAGCUGAACGACAUCAACCUCCUUAACUCUCUGCUCCACCUCACCCACCAGAUAUGUUCCCCAAACGACACCACCACCCACUUCCUCCUCAACCGCACUUCCUCCUCCACAAUCCGCAAAACGCAGCUCCUCGGCGUCGUUUUGGAAGACCUUCUUCGCGUUUCGUCUUCCUCUUCCACUUCCACCCCUCUAAGCUCCUACUCUCUCAUCCUCUGCCUCGAGGAAAUGUACAUCGUGCUGCACAGGAUCAAAACCCUCGUUGAAGAUUGCUCCAAAGGAAGCAAAUUCUCCACGCUCAUGCAAAUCGAAACCAUCGCCGACACCUUCUACAAGCUCACCGGAGAAUUAUCUACGCUUCUGGAUAUCUUCCCCGUUCAUGAGCUCCACCUCAACGACGACGUUCGGGAACUGGUUCUCCUUAUCAGAAAACAGUGCUCCGAAUCCAAGCCUCUCCUGGGAAAGGAAGAAAUUGAGCUCAGAAACGAUGUCGUUUCGGUGCUCGAGCGGAUCAAGAAGGAGAUUGUUCCUGAUCAGGCAAACCUAGCUUCGAUUUUCGAGAAAUUGGAGAUUCGCGAUUCUUCGAGUUGCAGAGCGGAGAUUGAGAAUUUAGAAGAAGAAAUUCAGAAUCAGAGCGACGAACAAUCGAAAGCUGAGAUCGUGGCUUUGAUCGGGCUCGUUCGAUACGCCAAGUGUGUUCUCUUCGGUGCAUCUACACCUUCGCCGCGAAGUGAGAGUCUGCGGCGGAAACAGUCGUUGGAGGUGGUGGUUCCGACGGAUUAUCGAUGCCCUAUUAGUUUGGACCUGAUGCGGGACCCAGUCGUCGUGGCAACAGGACAGACGUACGAUCGGGUAUCCAUCAAGCUCUGGAUGGAUUCAGGACACAACACGUGUCCCAAAACAGGUCAAAGCCUGGCCCACACAGAUCUCAUCCCUAACCACGCGCUCAGGAACAUGAUAGCAUUGUGGUGCCGCGAGCAGAGAAUACCGUUCGAAGCGGAAACCGUUUCAGGAAAACUCAACGGCGGCGUAACCAACAAAGCUGCAUUAGAAGCCACACGAAUGACGGCGUCGUUUUUAGUCAACAAGCUCAAGGUCCCUUUAGCUGACUCAAACGCCGUCGUUUACGAGCUUCGGGUUCUGGCAAAAACAGACUCGGACAGCCGUGCCUGCAUCGCCGAAGCAGGAGCUAUUCCGCUUCUGGUUCGGUACCUAAGCUACGACGUUGGUUUGCACCAUCCGAGUCUCCAGGUUAACGCCGUCACGACGAUCCUCAACCUUUCUAUUCUCGAAGCAAACAAGACGAGGAUAAUGGAAACUGACGGCGCCUUAAACGGCGUCGCGGAGGUGCUUCGCUCCGGCGCCACGUGGGAGGCGAAGGCGAACGCGGCGGCGACGGUGUUCAGUUUAUCAGGUGUGCCGGCGUACAGGAAAAGGCUCGGGAAGAAGACACGUGUCGUCAGCGGGUUGAUCGAGCUGGCGAAGUGUGGGCCCGACGGUGCUAAGAGGGACGCUUUGGUUGCAAUACUGAACCUCGCGGCGGAUAGGGAAACCGUGGCGAGGUUGGUGGAGGGUGGCGCGGUGGAGAUGACGGCGGAGGUCAUGGCGGCGAUGCCGGAGGAGGGGGUGACGAUUCUUGAGGCGGUGGUGAAGCGUGGCGGGUUGGUGGCGGUGGCUGCGGCGUACUCUGGGAUCAAGAAAUUGGGGACGGUCUUGAGGGAGGGUACGGAGAGGGCGAGAGAGAGUGCGGCGGCGACGCUUGUGACGAUGUGUAGGAAGGGGGGUUCGGAGAUUGUGGCGGAGCUGGCGGCGAUUCCGGGGGUGGAGAGGGUGAUUUGGGAGUUGAUGGCGGUGGGAAGUGUGAGAGGGAGAAGGAAGGCGGCGACGCUGUUGAGGAUUCUGCGGCGGUGGGCGGCGGGUUUGGACGGUACAGAGACUGAAGGAUUCUCAACUACCAUGAUCAGUUCGACAACUACAACUGUUGUUCCAACUUCCACUUCGUUCGCACAGUAACACUUGUCUAAUUUUCAAUUCAAAAUUUGUAAAUUUCUCAAAAUUUGUUGUAUCAUUGUUUCUUUCUUUUCUUUGAUUUUGACAUUCCUGUAAAAUGUAAUCACCGAGCAGGGUUUUUUUUUUUUUUUAAGAAAAAGAAUUAUAUAUUAUUUUUUUUCCAUUCUUU